CAAAGACUCCACCCACACCCCACCAUGGCUUAUAAGGGAGGGAUUGCUGGUGGCCAGCAGACUGAGUCAGGAUGCCAUCUGCUAGCCUUCUCCUGCUAGUGGGGCUCCUCAGCCUCUGGAUUGAGUUGACACCUAUCUCUGGAUGGAAGAUGCAUGAAAGAUGUCACCAACCUCUUGACCAUGGACAGUGUGAUAAGGAAGAGAUUCGCUUUUACUACGAUCACAGUUAUAAGAAGUGUAAGAAAUUCUAUUAUCACGGCUGUAAAGGAAACGACAACAAUUUUGAGAGUUUCAAGGAAUGCCUUCACUUCUGUAAAGAAAAACCUGGGGUUUGUCCCAAGGCCCCUUCGGGCAAGAUCACGAUUUGUCCUGUGUUGUGUGGAAGUGACUGGGAGUGUGAUGGGAAACAGAAGUGUUGCCCUUAUGCUUGCAAGAUUGACUGCAUGGAUCCUGUCUAAGAUUCCUGUCAGUCAAGAUUCACCAUUCAACUUUUCCAAAUUGUGUCUGGUGCCUCAACUUGGACCAAAGACCCAGCAGCUGCCAUGCGGACCCUUCCCCUCAAAUACAUGGUGGACUUAUUCUUCUUUUCUCAAAAUAAAGGCAUUGGGUCCCUGCU